CAGAGUAUACAUCGAAAUGUGUCAGUCAUCUGUACUUUCAGGUAUCAGUAAUUAGUCGAACCACGAAGAAAAAUAAAGCUGUGCGCUUAUGCGUACAAAUUAUUGCGGCAUGCAGAUUGAGAAAGGUCAGAAUCUCAAUUAAAAGUGAAUUGAUAGAGAGAAACCGGAACAGUCUUUAAAGGGCAAACCGUGCGGCAAACGUUACAAAAAGGAAGCAGCAUCGAAAAGUGUAUAAGUGUAUUUUAUCGACGUAAUAUCUGCAAACAAAACUUCUGUCUGAAGAUGGAUAUGAUAGAUCUUGACGAGAUCCUUGAUACGAAUAAAUGGAGCAGAUACAACUACAAAAGCAGCAAAUUGGAAGAUGUGUUAAGCGAACUACGAUGUCUUCUAUCUAACGAACAAGAAGUAAGCAAUGUCAUGCAGUCGGGACCGCCUUCCGUGAGUGAUCCGUGCGGCGAACCUAACAAAUACAAUGCAAUUCCAAAACAAUGCGACAUUUGCAAACAAAUCUUUCGCAGAAAACAUGAGUUGAUAGAUCAUUGCGAGAAGGUCCAUAAACGUCGCAUUUACAAAUGUAAACAUUGCGACUAUGAAACCAACCGUAAGAUCGACUUAAAAAGACACGAGAAAAUACACGUAAGAAAACGUCCGACCAAUAGCGGCGACUACGUGUGUACUGAGCCCGGCUGUAACAAGAGAUAUAAGAAUAAGAAAGAUUUCAAGUGCCACAUAAAGAUUUGUCAGUAUAAAAAUGAGAUGAAAAGCAAUAAUAUGGGAACGGGACCGUCCUCAGAGAGUAAUCUAUACUUCAGAAAAAAAAAUGAAAUGUACAAACUUUCUAAACAAUGCAGAAUCUGUGGUCAAAUUUUCUGUAAUAAGAAAAUGUUAGUAGAUCACUCAAUGAAGGUUCACCAACAUUGCGUGCACAUAUGUGAAGAGAAAAAAUGCAAUUACGAAACCAACAACUUGCGAGACAUGCAAAAGCACUUUAUGAGAAUGCACAUGAAUAAUAAAAACUAAGUAUGUAGUGGGACUGGCUGUAACUGGGUGAAAAAAGAUCAGGAGUAGCUAAGGCAACACGUUCACCCUGACAAAUAAAACAAGACGACGCGUUCACUCUGACAAAUAAAAGAAAAGCAGUAUUGAGGACCCACGGCUGUCUUCAGAGAGCGACCUGUACGGCAAACAUUUCAGAAGAAGCCCCAGCAUUGAAAAGCCCAUAAAUAUGCCUCAUAAAUUCAAAAUAUGCAACGGAAUGUCCCUUUUUAAGUAAUAGUAAUAAUAAAAGAAAAAAUACCUCUUUACAAAUAGAUCUUUACAAACAAUCCAUAUGCAACUGCAGCAAUGGUUAACUACGUAUUUAACAAGAAUCAAUUCCAAAGACACAUUGCACGAAAUCACACGGACACUUAUGACUAAGUGUGUACUGAGCUUGUCUGUGGAAGUAUAAAUAGUUGGCGGGUCUGAAGACGCACAUACAAUUGUCCUAUCAACCAGAAGAAAAGCAAAGCACAUGGAAAAUUAUGACUACCUGCUUGACAAGGAAAGCUGCUACAAGAAAUUCAAAACUUGAGGAGGAAUUGAAGAAACAGCGCGGAAAGCACAGGAACGCGCGGAGAAAUCCAGAGAUUCAAUUUGUGACAAGGCUAUACUAACAA